AAGCACUUCAAUUAUUUUAAAAUAUAACAAGUACCUCUCAUGGUCAUGGGUUGUUUCUGUAAGCUAAUGCUCAGACAGGACAAUUACAAAUUAAAAAGAUCAAGUCGGUGGAAAACGGAAAAUUAAAGAGAGUAAUUGAGUGCAAACUUGAAAUCAAGUGGCAAGAGAUCUGCAAAUCUUAAUGGUCGUACGCAUCUCAUUUCAUCUACAACACUGCUUAACUUAUUAAUAUUCUGAAACCCCCCAAAUUUCUUCUCCAAUCAUCUUUUUGAUUCGUUCAACACGCAUAUAAUUUUAGUGAGAGGAGAGAGAAACAAAGACCCAGUUUGUCCUUUUGAGACUUUUACCCUACUGGGUCCAUGAGCUGCAGCGGCUCAUGUAAAUUGAAUCAAAAGCUUAAAGGAGCUCAUUUUUGCCUGUUUCUUUGGAAGAUGAAGCUCUGCUGAUCUGGGUUUUGGACUUUAAUACCCUAAUUUGAUAUUAUGAUGGGGACGUGUCAUGUGAAUGUGAAAUGGAUUUUAAUUUGGAAAAUUGAAGUGUGAAAUGCUUUGAUUUUUGACAAUCAUAAUCAACUUGAUCAAUCUGUGCGUGUUAUUGGUCAUUUUCUGAAUUUAAAGGAGUUUUGAUGUUCAACUCGAUCAAUUUGGAAGUUUAAAAGAUUACUCUGCAAUGGGCUGUGAGUUUUCAAGACUCUGCGCGUGUUGCUGUUGCUGUAGUAUAGAACCGAAUGGAGUGAUUGCCAAAUCCCAUGAUGUCGAAAAAGAAGAGGCAGACGAGGCAAGUGAUUUGCCAUCAUUUCAUGAAUUCUCCAUCGAACAACUUAAAAUGGCGACAUCUGGAUUUGCUGUUGAGAAUAUAGUCUCUGAACAUGGUGAAAAAGCCCCUAACGUUGUUUAUAAAGGAAAGCUGCAAAACCAAAGACAGGUUGCCAUCAAACGUUUCAAUAGAUCUGCAUGGCCUGAUUCCAGGCAAUUCUUGGAUGAAGCAAGAGCAGUUGGUCAACUCAGAAACCCUAGAUUGGCGAAUCUACUUGGAUGUUGUUGUGAAGGCGAUGAAAGACUACUUGUUGCUGAGUUUAUGCCACAUGAAACACUUGCAAAGCACUUGUUUCAUUGGGAAACACAGCCUAUGAAAUGGGCAAUGCGAUUAAGGGUGGCGUUAUAUCUUGCAGAAGCUUUAGAAUAUUGUACAAGUAAAGGACGCGCUCUUUACCAUGAUCUGAAUGCGUAUCGAAUAGUCUUUGAUGAUGAUGCAAACCCUAGACUCUCUUGCUUUGGAUUGAUGAAGAACAGUAGAGACGGAAAGAGUUACAGUACAAAUUUGGCUUUCACCCCUCCCGAGUAUUUAAGGACUGGGAGGGUAACACCGGAAAGUGUGAUGUAUAGUUUUGGCACCCUUUUGCUUGACCUACUAAGUGGAAAACACAUUCCGCCUAGCCAUGCUCUUGACCUUAUAAGGGACAGGAACCUUGAAAUGCUUACUGACUCUUGCUUAGAAGGGCAAUUUUCUAAUGAUGAGGGAACCGAAUUGGUUCGGUUAGCUUCAAGAUGCUUACAAUACGAGCCACGUGAGCGCCCAAAUCCAAAGUCAUUGGUUUCUGCUUUGGUUCCUCUACAAAAGGAAACAGAGCAACCUUCUCAUUUAUUAAUGGGGAUAACACAAGGUGGUGCUGCUGCUGCUAUGCCCCUAACCCCUCUCGGUGAAGCCUGCUUGAGAAUGGAUUUGACAGCCAUACAUGAAAUCUUGGAAAAUUUAGCCUACAAAGAUGAUGAGGGAGCAACAGCUGAGCUCUCAUUCCAUAUGUGGACAAGUCAGAUGCAGGACACAUUGAAUUCCAAGAAGAAAGGGGAUGUGGCUUUUCGCCAUAAAGAAUUCAAAACUGCAAUAGACUACUAUACUCAGUUCAUCGAUGCAGGAACUAUGAUUUCACCAACAGUGUAUGCUCGCCGAAGCUUGUCAUAUCUUAUGAGUGAUAUGCCAGAUGAGGCACUCAAUGAUGCUAUACAAACACAAGUCAUAUCCCCAAUUUGGCAUAUAGCAUCCUACCUACAAGCUGCUGCGCUUUUCGCUUUGAAGAGGGAAAAUGAAGCACAAAUUGCACUCAAAGAAGCCUCAGUCCUUGAAGAGAAAAAGAACAUCACUUGAAUUGAUGGUUUUUAAUUGAAAAACUUUAUAAAUUCCCCCAUGCUUUCUUUGCCCUUUACAUUAUCCAAGAAAACAUCAAAAGGGGAUUGAUAGAAAACUGAUUCUUGACAGAAAAAGGCGUCACUUUUACGUAACAAAGAAAGCUUGAUGAAAGAAAAGGGUGUGAUUAUAAUGUUUGAGUUUGAGUUUGCGCUUGAUUUGAUUGUAUCUUCUUUUUACUAUCUUAGCAUUGUGUUAUCAAGGUGCUGAAUGACACAUCUUUACCCUUGAUGCCAAGUGAGUGAUCUCUGAGUUCAUACAGAAAUCUUGGGUAGAUAAAGGAUUCAACUGUCGAUUCAAAUUUGUGUUGAUUGUAGAUGUUUAAUUUGCAAUGCUGUAAUCUACCGACAGUGGAUAAUAUUGGCUUGUUCAUACUCUUAUGAAACUGCACCAUUAACUUUUUUUCGCCC